GGGGCGAGGGCAGUGGAGGAGCAGAGUGGAGGUGGAGGUGAUGGCGGCGGCCCUGCGGUGGAGGUGGUGGCGGUGCCCUGCCUGUGGCGCUCUGUGAGGCGGCCACGCACCCCCGGCUCCCUCAACAUGACACCCACGACGCACACCAGACUCUCGUGUUCAUUUCGCUUGGAGAGAUAGUGUGGUGGAGAUAUAUUUGAAGUGUGGCGGAGAGAGAGCAUGUGGACGUGUGGUGGUGGUGGGCAGGAGGUGGGCGUGGGCGGCGAAGUGGGCGUGCAGGAUUCGGUCUCGCGGGCGCUGGAGACAUGCCAAACCCACCACCAGUUCAUCGCGUCCCAGGCCGAGCACUUGGAGAGGCUGAGGUCCCAGUGUGCCACCAGCGCCCAGCUCACCCAGCAGGAGAUCCGCACCCUCGAGGAAAAAUUGGUGAAGUUGUUCAGCUUACAACUGGUGACCAAAAGACACUUGCCUUUGGGAGUGGUGUUGCCUUCAGAACUCCAACAGUACCCCUCCCUCAAGCAGUGGCUCCAGGUGGUUGGCCUCAGUAAGGACUCUAUAAAUGGUUUGUGUCAGAGAAUUCCAACAUUAGAAGCACUUUUAGAAAAAAGAGAAAAUGAAUUUCGAAGUAUUCUUAAUGAAUAUGGAGCAGACCGAAGUGAGGCUCACAAGCUUGCUCGAGCCAUGCAGAACCUCAAGCGAUACACAGAGACCCAAAUGCAAGGUCAAGGAGGGGACUGGGGCAGCUCCGAUCUCCCUCUCUACUGGGACUCAUGGGAGCGCUCCUGUCCACCCUCCCCACGACUCAGCCACAGGGCACAGCGGGAAGGACGGUCCUCAGUGUCCUCCUCUGAUGGUGAUGGCGGGAGUGUGACCAGCAGCAGCACCAGUGGAGGAGGAGCUUGGAGUGGGGAUGGGAGCAGGACAGGUGGAAGGGGUGCACCUAUCAGCCAGCGGAGCAGUGAUGAUUCCUCCACCCCUUCCUCUCCUCCACCACCCUUCUCCUCUGCUCCUCCUCCAUCAAGCCCAGGUGGUCCAUUUCAUAUUGUCUCUAGUAACCUCACCCUCCCAGGAAGUAGCUCAGUGUUCUUCGAGAAGCGUCCCACACCACCUCCAACACCGAAUAUUCCCAAAGUCAAAUCCUCAGGUGACAAGAAGUUUCCAACUACACCUCCACCUGGCAAGAAGUAUCAGACAUGCUUAUUGAACCCCACUCUUCCACUUGGUCGGUCGACAUCCCAUGAGUCCCAGCUAGCCCCACGUGCCGAGGGUCAUGACCACCAGUCUUCUACAGUUCUCAGUCAUUUCCUGCUGAAAAGAAAAUUGAAUAAUUUUCGAUUGGGUGGCAGCAUGGAACACCUUGGAGCUCGGCGAGCACGCCUACACUCAGAGUCUGAGGCAUCAGGAGCAUUAGACAGCCAAGGGAAGAGAACAGACAGUGGACGGAACAGGACUGACAUGCAGGAGUUGAAGACAGCACAGAACUCCCCAGCCCCAUCCACUCUUGCCAGCCCUAUCAAGUCCCCAAACUAUGCAGAUCACAUUGAGGAGGACAAUUAUUCAAACACGAAUUCCCUUACAGUACCUAGGUCACCACGCACACCAACACUACCAGGUUCCAUGGUCCACAAUGUUCAGCAUCGAUUUACCAAGAGUCUUAAAUCUGGUGUGUGUGGAUAUUGCCGUCAUAAAUUUACUAUCCUCAGUGGUUUGAAGUGUAAAGAAUGCAGCUUUAAAUGCCACCGGGAAUGUGAACCCAAAGUGCCGCCUUCUUGUGGAUUACCUAAUGAAUACCUGAAGUUAUUCACUGAAACAUUGAUCAGAAGUAGCAUGGAUGGUGGGGUGGUGCCUCCAGGGCGAGGUGGACUCACCAACUUCAAUGAAAUGUUUCCUGCAAAUCUUGGAGGCAGCCACAUGUCCUCCUCACAGCCGUCCAUCAAUAUACCAUCCCUUCAGGGCCCAGAUUCCAGUUCCAACACCUCCAGUUGCAAUUCAUCCACCCCUUCCAGUCCUGCUCCUCACAUCCCUGUCUCUCCAGCCCAGCAAACAUUUUUCCCAGCUACCCGGGGAUUCUACUUCCCAGGUAGGUGGACAGAUGUGAGUGAGGAUCCAGGAGACAUCCCUCAAGAGAUGAAACCCUUGAAGCUCAUUGGCAAUAGGACGCUUCCCAAGCCACCUGUGUCAAUCUCAUCCACGCAAAGUGACGUCAUUGACUCUCGCCAGUCCCAUGACUCAGAUCGUACUGUGUCACAAACCUCAGGAUCUGGCAGCACUGGAACAGAUGAUUCUGACCGCACCAUUGCUGGGCCUGGCCGGGUAGACUCUCAGGACUCAACUGUAUCUGAUGGGGAGAAUGCAGACCCACGCUGUACGCGGCAGAAUAGUGUAACCAGCGUCUCUCAGUGGGACAUUCCAUAUGAUGAGCUAGUUCAUGGAGAAGUCCUAGGCAAAGGACGGUUUGGUAUUGUUUACUCUGGCAACUGGCAUGGGCACGUAGCUAUUAAGGAGCUACGAAUGGACUAUGUCAAUGAUGAAAAGACUUUGGAGGCCUUCAAGGCAGAAGUGAGCACAUUCCGCAAGACCCGUCAUGAGAACCUGGUGUUGUUCAUGGGGGCAUGCAUGAAACCUCCCCGACUGGCCAUUGUGACCAGCCUCUGCAAGGGACAUACACUCUACACCCAUAUCCAUGAAAACAAAGACAAGUUCAAUAUGUCCAAGACUAUAAUGAUUGCCCAACAGAUCUCCCAGGGAAUGGGUUACCUACAUGCUCGGGGAAUAGUUCAUAAGGAUCUCAAAACUAAGAACAUAUUCCUGGAGAGUGGCAAGGUUGUCAUCACUGACUUUGGUUUGUUCAAUGUGACCAGACUUUGCCAUGAUAGCAGACGAGGCAACUGGUUGUGUAUCCCACCUGGCUGGCUCUGCUACCUCUCCCCUGAAGUCAUGAGAAACCUCCGGGUGGUACAAAGACAAGAUGACGCUCUCCCAUUCACCACCUACUCAGAUGUCUAUUGUUUUGGGACGGUGUGGUAUGAGCUCCUGUGUGGUGAAUGGCCACACAAAGGCUUGCCCCCAGAAGCCAUCAUUUGGCAGGUUGGCCGUGGCAUGAAGCCCUCCUUGGCCAACCUACAAGCUUCACGGGAUGUAAAGGACAUUCUAAUGGCUUGCUGGAGCUACCGACCAAAGGAGCGUCCUGAAUUUUCUCAGAUGCAGUCCAAUCUGAAUAGACUUCCCAAGAAGAGGCUUCAGCGCUCCCCCUCCCAUCCUAUCCACCUCUCAAGAUCUGCAGAGAGUGUCUUUUGAACUGGGGAGAGAAAAUGCAGGAGCUGAAAUGUUCUCCUACAGAAUUUUUAUUAGUAUUAUUAUUAUUAUUAUUAUUAUCAUUUUAUUAUAAGACCAUUUAAGGUUUAUUGGGAAUCAGUCAAAACUGAAUGGAUGCUUUCCAGAAAUGUUAGUAGUGAAUGUGUUCAUGUGAUUAUGCAAUCAAAACCUGACUGCAUGUUAAGGACUUCAAGUGUAGAGGAGAACUUCCAUACAUCUUCCAUGCAUCUGAGGGAAAUAUUCUCAUAAGAUUUUUUCAUAUUAAAGGAGCAUGCCUGCAGCCUUGAAAUGUUGAUUGACAUGCUUAUAAUGCACAAAGAAAAGCAAUUUGGUUUUAUAUUGUUAUUAUUAUUAUUAUUAUUAUUAUUAUUAUUAUUAUUAUUAUUAUUAUUAUUAUUAUUAUUAUUGUUAGUUACUAAUCAUUACAUUAUUAUUAUUAUUAUUAUUAUUAUUAUUAUUAUUAUUACAAUUAUCAUUAUCAUUAUUUAUUGUUGUUGUUGUUAUGAAUAUGAUAACAAAAGCUUCCUGAGUAAGGGAUAAUAUAGAGGGAAUUUCUUUUAUGAGUGAAUUUAUGUUGUCAACAUCAGCUGGAGAAUUAGCUCUCAGAAUUGGCUUAGAAAAAUGGCAUUAAGGUUAUUAAAUUUGAGAAAUUCAUCAUUAAAAGAAUUUGUUUAAAUGGGCACUCAGAAGCUCAGAGACAAAGAAACUAGAUCACUAGGUCAGUGCAAACUUAUGGUGUUACUAACCUUUGCACAUUUUACUGACUUAGCAUUUCUUAUAGUCUGCAUAACUUACCAGCAUAAAGCAACAACUGUACUAGUGAAGACAAGUCCAACAGUUUCUAGUCAGCCCAUGUACACUAGGGAGUUUCCUGCCGUAGAUAAAAGGUAUAUUAGGUAUACAUAUACUACUAUUACAUCUUGUGAAAGAAGAGCAUUUGUGAACAUAAAAGAGCUUCUCUGAGGUUAUUUAUAAUAUGUGUUGUGAAGUACAGUAGACAGUAGUCAGACUGAGAGAAACCUCAUGUGAAGUGUUAGAUGGAGGAGGAGCAUUAGGAAUGUUCUGAGAGUACAUAGUGAUGAAAACAAAAUCUCUGCUACUCGAAUACUGGUACCCUUGCAUUCAAUACAACUCAAGAAUUCAGUGGAAAGUGAUAAUGUAGUUCACAGUAGCUAGUCAGAGUAUGUACUAAUAAAGGAGUCAGUUACAACUUGUAAAGGAUUUAGAAAAGGGCAAUGCAUAUGAGAUAAGGAAGGGGUACCAUAAAUUUGCUGUCAGCAGAAGCAACAAGAGGCUAGUCAGACAAGUCAUUGAUAAAACUUAAGGAAGUUUGUUUGAGGCCAUAAGUCAGGCUGAUUUUCUAGAAGCUCACUCACUAUCUAACUCUCAUUGCUGGUAAAUAACUCCAGAUGUCAAUUUCAGCUGGCCUUCUAACAGGUACUGGGAGCAGCAUUUGUGCCCCCAGAACCUGCAUUCCUGGUCAUAUUUGAGCUCCAUUGGCAAGUGAGCUUUAGAAUCUUAACUGAGUUGACUGACAGUUUUGCUCUUCAUCCAAACUUCCAUUAUCACAGUAUAAAGAAAAAUUACAUGUCAUUUGAAUUUAAUGUAAAUGCACAGCACUCUUCAGCAAUUUCUGAUGCUGUCUUAAUUCUUCUUUAUUUCAUCACCUCUUAGUGGAAUUUCACAUAAUAUGAAGUGGUGAAAUUUUAAUUAACAUUAUAACAACCAUCACAAGUAAAGUAGCCUCUAUAGGACACUGGAAUCAUUAUUGCACUCUUUGAAAGUACAGUACAUAUACAACAUUGUCCCUGUGAAAUUUUGACAGCAGCCUUAUCUUGGUGAUUUCAUCUUGAAUUUUAGUAUUCAGGCAUCAGUUCCUGUAAAAUUUUGAGAGCAGCCUAAUCUUGGUGAUUUGACUUACUUAUCUACCUAUGCAUCAUCUCUGAUUUAAAAUGCUUAAGUUAACAUAAACUUUUGAGUUAUUAGAAAAAAGUUGGAGUUGCCAAGUUUUGUCUGUGCAUUGUGUACUCCUAUUCUAAAUGUUUUCAUUGGCAUUACGCUCACGCUGCAUGGUGAAAACUAAUGAACAGUGUUCUUCCAUGAUAGGUACUUAUUUAGAAGCUGUUCUGAAGGAUUCACCUUACUAUUAUUUUAUGAUGUCCAAAAGUUAAUGUUCACUCUUAUAUUUCAGCUGCACAUUUUCCUCCCUCUCCCAUGCUUUCAUACCUCUAGAUAUACUUUGCCAAUUGGUAACUGAAAUCUCACCUAGUGCUUGUUUCCCUCAUAGUAAAUGCCAGUUUUCUUAUGUCUGCAUCUUUGUAUGUAGUAUGAACACCUCUAGUCCCAUAACCACAGCCAAGGACCUUCCCCCUCAUCUGACUCCCUCAUCUCUAUGUAGUGACUAUUUGUCACUCUGCCCUGCAACACUGUGGCCUCUCAGCUUUUGUGGUCACAAUCUAAAGAACUAACAGUAAUAACAAGAAGCCAGAAAUAACUAUUACUCACAGAACUUAUGGAUUUGCAUUUCACAACCGUUGGUUCCUUAUCUUGGACAAUCUUUCCUCAUCUACAAAUUCUUUUCUUGUCAUAAGCAUAUUGUAUUACUAAGACUGGUUCCAUCCCUGAUUCUGCAGUGUUUCCAUGUUUUUAUCUGAAUUUUGGAUCACAAUAUUUACAUUCUUAUCAAAAUAGUAUGUUCACACUAGACAACUUUUGAGUUAGGUGCCAGUGUUAUUUUUUAUUUAUUUUUUUAUUUAUUUUAAUUUUUUUCUAUAAAAGUAUCAAGGACUUCUGGACUCUGAUCACAAAACCCAUUUUGACAAAUAUUCCAACUCUUCACAACUAAUUACAACUAAUCAUUGUAUUUCCAUCUGGUGUUUUACUUAUGAUGUUUAUUAAUUUGUUGUUGUUUUUAUUUUCUUUAUCAUCUUUUUUUUUAUGCUGAAGAAGAGAGUUAAUAUCAAAGGGUCCAGAAUGUAUUGUCCUUCAUUUCCUAUAUCGUAACUACUUAUGUGUUGUCCCUUCGAGUCCUUGACCGAGACACGGGUUCCGCAGUAGGUAGUGACGUCGCUGCUCUGUGUUCUACAUGCCUAGCUUUUUCCUAUAGUCGGUGUUUAUGUAUGUGUGGAAUCUGUCUAUGGCUUUUUCUUCUUUGAUGAUGGUGUGAGAUAAGAAGAAUCUAUCACACCUGACUCUGGGUUUAAAGUUGCAGACUCUGGAUACAUGGAUACAUGAUUAGCUUCAUCUUAAAGUCAGAGGUCCAGAACUCUGCCAACUGUGCACUGUAAAUGUUCGUGCGUGACUUGUCCCACUGUGUAGAUUUAAAAGAAAAUUGAGGGCAGUUCUUCCCAGAUUACAGAACCUCACAGGAACUUGGCAUCAAAUUUCCUCACUUUUGUAGCUCACUGGGUCCUUCUGAGUGUUCUCCCCCAAUGCACCCAUGAGGACCCACUGACACCUGCACUGGGACCCAAGGCUGACUUACAGAAAUCCCCCUACUGUACUUGGCCUUGACUCCUAGGAACUGAUCAUAAAUACUCAUCACUUUUGUAUGUGUGUGUGUAUGUGUGUGUGUGUAGGUCUGUCUUUGCAAAAAAAAAAUGUGCAUGUGUACGCAUGUGUGUGUAUGCAUCUUAAAUGAAAUGAUGUUCGGUAUGCAAGGUGAUAUGCAUUACUUCUUUUAAGAUAUAACAUGUGUUCAGUCAAAUUUGUUACUAUUCAGGAGAUGUGCAGGAAUCACAAUAAAAAGGUAUAACUAUUUUUUGUCAACACUUAUGCAAAACUUUUUUAUUGUCGAGAGAUGACUGUACUUUUUUAGUGAUGUAAUCUGGUAUGUACUUACUGACUACAUUAGUGAUGGUAUUGCAUGCCUGUCAUUCAGAUAAGGGAUGUAUGAUAGAUAUAUACAUAAUUUUAUUUUAAUAAUUAUGCAUCACUUCAUUCUCCUUCCUGUCUGUUGCCAAAUCACUGUGGGUAGCUUGGCCUGCCUCAGCCUGGCAGCCUUGUGUGCUGGUGGUGGGGCAGGGCAGCAGGCCGUGUGUGGCUCCCCUGACAGCCUCCCCCCUCUCAGGGGUGCCCCUCACCCUGCUUGCUGGUCCAGGUGUUUCAUCUAGGAGGCCGGCCUCAACCUUCGUCUUUACUUUUAUUUCUGUUAUCAAUGGUUUUUAAAAACUUAUCUUUAGAUUUAUAUUUCAUUAAUAUUAUGUAUAAUACUUAAUUUAUUUGUACAUAAUGAUGUGUCAACCAAAUAUAGUUUGUAUAUAUAUUAUGCAUUAAUACAUAAGUCUUUUUAUCAUAAA